CUCUUAUAAGGAUACGAACAGUUUAACUUCAAAAAAAUAAAAAAUAAAAUAAAAAAUCCACUUCGAUUCUGGGCACUUUUUUAAAAAAAGAAAAAGAAAAAACGAAAAGGAGGGGACGUCUAUAUUAGCAUUAAAUGCGCUUUAUGCGAUAGCGGACAACGCGGUUCCAUUCCAAUCGAACAGCCCAAUCCUGUUUUGUACGUUUUCUUCCUCUUAUCUUUCGCGGUUGUACCUUCCUCCCUCAAUCGCCAUUCGCCACUAAGCGUUUGAUCCAGCUGUAAGCCGGAUUCUCCAUUGCUCUUGAUUCAGUUCGCAAGCUCAGCGCUAUGGGAUUUUCUUCCGACACUUGGAUGCGAGAAUUUAAUGAAUCGUCAAAACUUGCUGAUGAAAUAAACAGUAUGAUUUCUGGAAAGAGUUCUUUGCCUCCAUCAGGACCAGAAACUCAACGGCAUUUGUCUGCAACUCGGAGAAAGAUCACAAUACUAAGGACAAGAGUGGAAACUUUGCAGUCCCUUUUGUCAAAGCUUCCUAGCAAGCAGCCUAUAACUGCGAAAGAGAUUAAUCGGCGCCAAGAUAUGCUCAAGAAUUUGACCUCCAAAGCCACCCAGAUGGCAGCUACACUCAACAUGUCCAAUUUUGCCAACAGAGAUAGCUUGCUGGGGGCAGAUACAAAGUCUGAUGAUGCCAUGAAUAAAACAAUUGGCUUGGAUACCCGUGGUCUUGUUGGUCUUCAACGGCAAAUCAUGAAAGAACAAGAUGAAGGUCUUGAGAAAUUGGAGGAGACAGUUACAAGUACAAAGCAUAUAGCAUUCGCAGUCAAUGAGGAACUUCAUCUGCACACUAGGCUUUUGGAUAACUUGGACCAGCAUGUGGAUAUAACGGACUCCCGCCUGCAGCGGGUGCAAAAGAAACUGGCUAUUUUAAAUAAAGGAACCAAGGGUGGUUGCUCUUGCUUGUGCCUGCUGGUCAUUGCUAUUGUGAUUUUAAUUGUUGCUAUAUGGGCACUAAUCAAAUACUUGUAGUGCCUGUGCUGAAUAAACAGCUCCUGGAGUCGUGGUUUUUAUAUAUUGUGAAGAGUGGUGGGUUGGCACACGGUUGUUGCAUAUUUUUCGAUCGUGCUGAGUACGGGAAUGAUUUUUCUUUUUCCUCUCAUUUUUUUUUUUCGUUUUUGAUUUUUUGUUCCCCCCCACCUCUCUUAAUUCUGUUGAUUUUAAUUGGAACUUGUAAACUGCAACUGUGGGAUACUGGUGGACCAAAUGUGUAUGUCAUUAAGAGACCCCUUUUCAGAAAAUGAAGUGCUUUGUGUCCAAAGCCUUCUUUUUUAAA